AUGGCACACGAGGCGUCAGAGAGUCCUGAGAUUCACAAUUUCGUCAAAGAUCAUCAAGGCUACAAUUUUGGUUCGUAUACUAGACGCGAAUUCGACUUAGUCUAUAAAGAUUUUCAGUGUUUUCAGAUGUCCACCGUAACAGAUGACGAAAUCAUAAAGAGAAGACUUUUAAUCGAAGGCGAAAGUGGAAAUGAUGAUCGCAGAAUUACUCUAUUACUGAAAAAUUAUCUUCGAUGGGUAGCUUCUGAUGAUGUUGGUGAAGACGGCUACGAAGCCUAUCAAGCCCUUAUAGCUAGUGUUUACCAGUGUGAAAACGCCAUGGAACAGUCGUCAUUAGUAAUAGCUAUGAACUACGAACAGCAAAAACAGUAUGAGGAUUUAUAUAAGGAGAUUGAAACGGCCAUUGAAAGUGCAAAAAAUCGCAUUCAGCAAUGUAAAGAAGAUCUGAGGUCCGCAAAAACCGUCAGGAAAAAUAGACGAGAGUAUGACAGUCUUGCCAAAGUUCUUUGUGAUCAUCCAGAGAGAGAUGAGACACUUGAGAAGUAUAAAAAAUUAAAAGCUACUUUAGAACGACUGGAGAAUUUAAAUGAGGAGUACGACCGAAAAAUUCAGCUUAGAAAAACUCAAUUCCACUUGUUUUUGGUUGCUCUGAAGGGCUUACAAAAAAUUGUCGAGGAUGAUGAUUCGCUAUCUUCAGUCACAGAUGAUUUGGUGUAUACACAGUCAUCAAAGUCUGUACACGAAGAGAUUUCUAUGAAAAUGGAUACAAAUUGA